CCAGGCGCCGCUCACUGUGCUGAUCCUCCUCAGAAAAGAAACUUCAACUCAUCCGAGUGAGGAGAAGAGAGGAGUGUGGUGUGCUGAGGUGAUGGGGUGACAGAAAGAACAGAGAUGGCGGCGAGGAGAGUCUUCCACCUUCAACCAUGCGAGAGUCCCCCGGCAGCGAUGUCCAGGAAUGGAUACUUCUUUGAAGAGACUGGUUACCUUAAAUGUGACACCGAUGAUGGCUGUGACCCCAAAGAACAGGAGGAGGGCGGAGGAGAAGAGCUGUUUGAUACCGUACAUUCCUCCAUAGUGUCUGGAGAGAGCAUCCGAUUCUUUGUCAACGUCAACCUAGAAGGACCACAGAGUACCACAGCAGAAAAUGAGAACGCCGGCUGCGUAUUGCUGCACACGUCACGAAAGUAUCUAAAAUUAAAGAACUUUGAGGAGGAGGUGAGAGCCCACCGGGACCUGGAUGGUUUCCUUGCCAAAGCCAGCAUUAUCUUGGAUGAGACGGCGACCUCUCUGGAUGACGUCCUGCGGGAGAUGCUCAAGCACUUUGUGGAAGACCCGGAGAACGCCGAGCCCACCUGUAAUUUUGAUAAAAUCAUGAGCACUUUAUUUACAGACUCGGAGGCCCCGAGGGAAGGCAACGUUCACCUCCUUUCGGAUACCAUUCAAGGGGUCAGCGCCACAACGACAGGGGUUCAGUACCAGCAGUCAUGGCUCUGUAUAAUUUGCACUAUAAAGUCACUUCAGCGACGACAUGUCUGUAUCAGUCGGCUGGAGAGGCCGCAGAACUGGGGGGAAAAUUCCUGCGAAGUUCGGUUUGUCAUCCUUGUUCUGGCUCCUCCCAAAAUGAAAAGUACCAAAACUGCGACAGAAGUUGGGCGGACGUUUGCCACAAUGUUUUCAGACAUCGCCUUCAGGCAGAAGCUCUUAGAAACCAAAACCGAAGAGGAGUUUAAGGAGGCGUUGGUCCACCAGAGGCACCUCUUGACUGUAGUGAACAGACAUUCAUCAGUAAACGAUGGCCAUAAAGUCCACAGCCACAAACCAUUAAAGCUUCAGGACUUCCUCAAUGUGGGAAAGGGAAUAUUCGAUGACAUUACACGUAGGCUUCCAGUCUACCCUUUGGACUUCACCGACGGUAUUCUCGGCAAUAACAAGGCCAUCGGAAAGUACAUCACAACUAUGAUUUUCUUGUACUUUGCAUGCCUGCUGCCCUCAAUCGCCUUUGGCUCUUUGAAUGAUGAAAACACUAAAGGGGUGAUUGAUGUGCAGAAGACAAUUGUGGGGCAGUGUAUUGGGGGUGUUCUUUACGCCCUCUUAUCUGGACAGCCUCUGGUUGUGCUAUUGACAACGGCUCCCCUGGCAUUAUAUAUUAAUGUUAUCCGAGGAAUCUGUGAUGACUACAAUCUGGACUUUAAGGCUUUCUAUGCUUGGACGGGUCUAUGGAACAGCUGCUUCCUCAUCUUAUACUCCCUCUUCAACUGUAGCCUGCUGAUGAAGCUGUUCAAGAGGUCCACAGAGGAAAUCAUUGCACUUUUUAUAUCCAUUACGUUUGUGCUGGAUGCACUUAAAGGGAUUAUAAAAAUAUUCAGAAAGUAUUAUCUGGAACCCCCCGAUUCCUAUCUCCAUGAAUAUAAAGCAUCCCAUGAGUCCUUGCUGAACACGACGAGCCUGACGCCUGAUAUCUUCUAUAACUCCACCUUCAAUAACUCCAUCCUGCACAAUCAGAGCCUGGAUCACGACGAUGCCCAGCAUGGGAAGGAGUCCGCCGUCCUCAGUCUCAUGCUGAUGUUUGGGACUCUCUGGCUGGGUCACACCCUCUACCAGUUCAAGAAGAGUCCCUACCUGCACUCCAGAGUGCGUGAGAUGCUGUCGGAUUGUGCGCUGCCCAUCUCCGUGCUGACCUUCUCAGUGGUCGGGUCGUAUUUCUUCCAGGAUAUAAGCAUUGCCCAGUUUAAUUACAUCCCAACGGAGAGUAUGUUUGUCCUGGCUCCAAUUGGAUCGCUGUCAAUGGGCUCCAUCACCAGUGCUAUGGGCCUUGGGUUCCUCCUGUCCAUGCUCUUCUUUAUAGAGCAGAACAUUGUGGCUUCUCUAACCAAUGCCCCAGAAAAUAGGUUGGUGAAAGGCACGGCGUAUCACUGGGAUCUCCUUCUUGUGGCACUGAUUAACACUGGACUGUCUGUAUUCGGCAUGCCCUGGAUCCAUGCUGCCUUCCCACACUCCCCAAUGCACGUUCGAGCUCUGGCCAACGUGGAGGAGAGAGUGGAGCAUGGGCACAUCUAUGAGACGAUUGUCAGUGUGAAGGAGACUCGGUUGACGUCGCUUGUGGCCAACGUGUUGGUGGGCCUCUCCCUUUUCCUCCUGCCGCUUCCACUGCAGUGGAUCCCCAAACCAGUCCUGUAUGGGCUUUUCCUGUACAUCGCCCUGACCUCCAUUGACGGCAGCCAACUUUUCGAACGGGUGGCGCUACUGUUGAAAGAACAGACGGCGUACCCUCCGACCCAUUACAUCAGACGAGUCCCUCAGAGGAAGAUUCACUACUUCACUGGCCUCCAGGUCCUCCAGCUUGUCAUCUUAUGUGGCUUUGGCAUGUCACCUCUCCCUUAUAUGAAGAUGAUUUUCCCUUUGAUUAUGAUUGGAAUGAUUCCCAUCAGAUACAACCUACUACCCAAGAUUAUUGAGUCAAAAUAUCUGGAUGCCAUGGACGCCGAACAUUAGAAAGAUGGCGCUCUCCCCGGAAUGUGCGCUGUUCUUGUUCUCUGACCGAAGAAUUGUAGGGCUUUUAUGAUUACGGUUUUGAUUUUGUGUUGCUUUUGAAAACUGACCAAAGUGGAAUCAGGUGGACACCAAGCUGGACGAGUCUUCAUUUCUCUAACUGGAAUACCCCAAAGACGCUCCUCCAUGCUUGUCACUGUGCUCUGGAUCUGAACGUUCAUGAUGAUGAUGAUGAUGAUGAUUUUUUUUUUUUUUUUAAUCGCUUCUGUCUCCGAUGAACCAGAUACUGCGUUUUCAGGAUUACAGAUGUCCUGGACAGGAUGGUGAGGGGGCCAAAUAUAUAUAUAAAUAUUAAUAUUUUUUGUGUCUUAUGAACCUUGCAAUACUUUUAAAAAAAAAGAACUUUUGUUGAACCGAGCUGGCUCUGCUGGGGCAGACAAGGGGCUCAACUCCAGAGAAUCAGUGUGAUAGACCUAUGUUUGCAACUUUUUUUUUUUUUUUUUUUUUUAUAUAUCGAGCUGAAACAUAAAGGACUCAACUGUUGAGUCACUGCUUAAAGCAAUGGCUUUGUCUACAGAUCAACCAAAAGUGUUCCUCUGCUUUGUAGCCCUGGAAUUUAAGCUAUUUUAACCUGUUUGACCUUUUUUCCGUUUUUUUUUUUAUUAGAAAUGUUGAAUUGGCAUUGUGAAUUUUGCACAGGCAUUAUGCACAAAUUCACUCAGAUACCAGCACUUUUACGUGUUAUAUAUAUGUGCGACUGCAAGUGUGUAUGUGCGUAUGUAUGUAUGUGUCUUCACCGACCUCUAUGUACAUACAUGCUUGACCAUGCAUUAAGAAUGCAUUUUUUUUUUAUGUAUAAUGUUUAUACGACACAAGUGGAAGGUGUCACGAUAGGCUUUCAAGAUGACCUCCUUGUGGACGGCCAAGCUUUACGAUGGUGACGGGCGGGUGUUCACGUACUGUCCCCUAAUCCGAGAAAAGCUGAAGAGUUUCGGGAUGGAUUAUAGCAUCAACAAAAAAAAAAACAAAUACAUCGAUGGACUGGACUGAGAUGUCGGAUCUUAUCUGCUGCACUUUCCUAUUAAAUAUAAAAAAUACUUUAGGAUUUGUUUAAUGUAGAACUUGUGCAAUAUCUCCAGCCAGAUCCUAGGAGCCCAGAGAAGAUACAUCGAUGUCAUUCCCCCGUGUUGAUCUCAUCAGCGGUAUCUCCAUGCUUGAGUGAUUACGGCCUGUGGUUUUUGAAUGUAAUUUAUGGUAUUGAGAGAUCGGACUGGUCCAUACCAUCUCACCAAAGAUGUCUUGUUGGUCCACCACUCUUCAGCCUGGAUGUUGAAUUGUUCUUCUGUCCCAGACCGAUUUAUGGCAACGGAUUGCCCUCCAACAAUUAAGACUUUCUUGUAUCUGAUGUGAAUUAUGCAUGAUGAUUGGCGGAUGUUCUGUCGGGUUUAAGUUUUAAGAAAGAGAAUAUUUUUGUAAAUACGUGUAUGUCAGUUUAAGGUCAAAGAUCUAUAUAUAUAUAUAUGAUGUCUAGUCAAAUCCUCCUAUUUUGUCAAAAGUUUUGGUCUGUAUUUUUUUUUUGUUUGCAGUGAUGUUUUUGAAUUUUUUGGUGGCUUUACUUUUUGCAGUCUAAUCUUUCUCAAGGCAGCAGUUACCUUUUUUUUUCUUUUUGUUUUUUCUUUUGUUUUUUUUAUUGGGCGGAAAAACAAUCUCUUCCCCCUGGCAUUGGGCAUACUGCAGUCUAUAUGGAUACUGAGUAUCACUAUAAGCACUUAACGCUAAACAGCUGAAACAAAAACACCAUAAUUCGUGCCCACACAUUAAGAGCAAUGAUAAAGUGUAGUAACUCGUAGCAACCAAUCAAUAGUCAUCUUUCUGUCCUGUAUUCAGCAGAAUAAAUUCUAGUUUGGUUUAGGGGUUACUGCACUUUAAAGUUAUUUCAUAAGACUGACUGUCCCAUAACUUCCCUGUGCCGAUUUUCUUGCCUUUCUUCCCACCUAACUUGAAGUAGAACUAUAGCCAAAACUUUUUUUUUUACCUUUUUGGAUAGAGCAAAGGGUGGUUAUAACCCAUUAGAAGUUUUUUAUUUUAUUUGUGCCAUUGCGGAGAUUUCAUUUCCUGUCCCAUAGCCAAAACAGGAAGUCAGAGGAAAUCCCUGCAAAUUCGGGCUGCGCAGUGUUUGCUUAUCCUCCCCCAUGGCCUUGCUUCUGUCCCGGCAGCAAAGAAUGUGGGUAGGAACGUAAGAGGGGGAGAUUGUGCUGUGGGAGUGGAUGAUAGGAGGGGAAAAGGUUGGGAUAUUGGUGUGGGGGAUAUUUUGGAAGAGGGAGAGGACUUGUACUCAUAGGGGAGCAUUUAUGGGAUAAAGUGAUUGGGGGGGGGGGGGGGCUUGUGCUAGAAGGAAUUUUGGGGGGAGGAAGAGAGAAAUACGUUUUUUGCUAUGGGGUGUGUGUGUUAGGGGUGAAUUAGUGCUUGAUUUCUGUUUUGUUUUUGGAUGGGGAGGUUUUGCUGACAUGUGGUGACAUAUGAUGCCCUGGGCACUAGAGGACCUUGUCCCAGGCACUGCCCCAUUGGAAUAUUUCCCCACUAUAACUUUUUUGGGGACUAUUUGGGAUUUUCUUUUACUUUCACUUUUAAUGAUCAUGGAAAACGGAGACAAAUGGAGAGGACACAUCUCCCUAAUGAGGGCCCAGAUGGCAAACAAAAUGGACCGUUCUAAUCUCUUUCCACUCUAUCCAAUGCAUGAAAAAUAAAAAGUUUUGCCUGUAGUUGUACUUUAACUGUAGGGUGGCUUUGGCAUAGAAUCUGUAGUGUGGCUCCAUGCAUUCACAGCGAGUUCCAAAAAAAGAAGGCGGUAAAAUGAAUACUGCUCGCUGUUCCAACACUUCAGCAAACCCUGUGGAGUGCCUGAACACCCCCAAAUCCCAGGCUUCUUUGUAAAUCGGCCAGGGAUGGGCUAAUAAGGAGGAAGAGGCAGGUAGGACUGAAGACAUUAUUGGUUGCAUUAUAUAGGUGCAGAUACGUAGGUGCUCUUCAGACCUGGGGUGUAGACACCUGGAAAUGCUACUAUUUUUGGAACAUGGCAGUUUCGCUUUUCACAAGGGGCAUAUUCAGGUUCAGUUUGGAAAGAACAUGGACAAAGUACAAUUUCAGUUUGAUUGGAUAAGCAGAAUAGUGCUUUGGGGGUGUCCAAGUUCUCAGGUUAUUCUACUGGCUUAUCGCAGCUUUGACUGUCCUUGUUAUUGUCUCCUAAGUGCUGCACCUUGGAAGAAUUACGUUGGUCUUCAUAGUCAACCUUAAGACUUAUGCUUAAGUAUAUAGAGGAAUACUACAGAUCAGUGAACCAUACAUGCAGCAUUAAUAAUUCCAUCAUACCAAAUCCUACAAGAUGCUGAUAUGGCUUGGCUGCUUUUAAAGCUUGGGUCUACCUCAUUGACCUUUCGACCACCCUGUAAUUGCCAACAGUGCUUGGACUGGUUACAUAGUUGGUGGAAAAUUGGGUCAUUUGUGGAUGACUUUCAAAGGAACGCCUUUGAUAAAUUAUGACCUCACUACACUACCGAAUCUCAUAGCGCCACUUUCUUCUCACACACUUGCAAUCCAAUUGAGAACUCACUCAUUUGGAAUCUGAAUUAUAAUUGUAGAUAUAUAUAGAGACGAUGCACACACUUCUUCUUGAAGACUCAUUUCAGAAUAAGAUCCUGACUUCACUACUUCAUGGUUGGGCACUUUGUGGAAGUUUAAGUGUAACAGAACUGCAUAUGCUCAAUGUCGGGUGGGUCAUGACUUCAAUGUGCUGCUUUACGUCUAGUGUUUGCUGCGAGCGGGUUUAUUCUGUAAAUAUUUGAGAUGUCUGGAAUCAAACUGAACGGAGCACCGAAGAAAAUUAUAUUAAUAAACAAUGGUUUGAAACAGUU